AUGACAGGCAGCAAGAACAUCAUCAUCACGGGUGCAGGAGGCAUGAUUGGCCCGAUGCUCGCAAAGCGACUUCUCGACGAGGGCCACAAGCUGGUCUUGACAGAUCUUGUACAGCCAAAAGUUCCCGAAGGCGUCGCACAUCCUGAAAAUGCAAAGUGCAUGAAAGGCGACAUCUGCGAUCCCACCUUUGUCAAGUCGCUCAUCGAAGCCGCGCAACCUCUCGACGCCAUCUUCAUCUUUCACGGAAUCAUGUCGGCAGGAUCAGAAGCGAAUUUUGAUCUGUCCAUGAGAGUCAACGUGCAAAGCGUGCGCGACCUCCUUCUCGCCCUGCGCCAAUCCAAUCCUGGAGUUCGCGUCGUCUACUCGAGCUCUCAGGCUGUCUACGGCCAACCGCUGCCGAAAGUCAUCACCGAUUCGACCAUGCCUACACCUGAAGGUACCUAUGGAGCACACAAGUUCGCAACAGAAGUCGUCAUCAACGACAUGAACCGAAAAGGCUACAUCGACGCAUUCAGCGUUCGCUUCCCCACCGUCAUCGUUCGACCAGGUGCCCCAAGCAACGCAGCGCCGUCCUUCUUGUCAGGCAUGUUCCGCGAGCCAAUGAAGGGCGAAGAGUGUGUGAUCCCGCUCAAAGACCGUUCGUAUCGCACAUACGUCUGUUCGCCAAGUAGCACAAUCGAAAAUCUCGUCCGCGUCUUGCAUCUUCCUGGCGACGCACUUCCGCCGCAUCAGAGACACAUCAUGUUCCCCGGCGUUUCUACAACAAUUCAAGAGAUGAUGGACGCUCUGGCCAAGUUUGGAGGCGAAGACAAGCUUAAGCUGUUGAAAGAGGAGACCAACCCGACCUUCGAGAGGAUCUUGCGAAGCUGGCCAGAAGACUUUGACCCAAGCACGCCAGACAGGCUUGGUCUGCUCAGAGAUCAACGAGUUGAGGAUCUUGUCAAGGAAUACAUUGACAACUAUUGUUAG